UUCCUCCACACGUCGCAAUUGGCUGAAGCCGCCGGCUUUUUUUACGUUUGUGUACAUUUGGAGAGUGUUCGUGUGUGUGUGAGAAGGUAACGGAGGAUUGAAAGUAUCUCCCAGACACACAGGCUGCUGAUGCCGCGCAGGGAAUGUAUUCACUGUCAAGAAAGAGACUGUGAUCAACAAGUGACAGGAUAUUUUCGGGAUCUUGGAGCAGUUGCGUAAUUGCGCCCUUCGCUGCACGAUGACAGAAGUGGCCAGUCCCGCUUCAAUCAUGGACUCCGAGAUGAUGUUCCAACCAGAGUCAGAUCAGAUGUCCCCAGUUGAACCCAAGUCUCCACCUCUGGACCUGAUUGACACUGGAAAGGGGCUGAAGGUCCAGACAGCCACGCCUCACCUGGUGAGCCUGGGGAGUGGGAGGCUGAGUAUAGCAAUCACCCUCUUGCCACUGAAAGAAGGGGUGACCCGCAUCGGCAGAGAAGAUGCUCCAGUUCCCCAGGACAUCACCAUCCAGGGGCCUGGCAUCGAGGCAGAGCACUGUCUCAUCAUCAAUGAAGGAGGGGUGGUGACCCUUGACCCCUGUGGUCACCUUUGCAGUCUGGAUGGAGUACAGGUUACUGUGCCCACACCACUCACACAGGGUUAUUCCCUGUGUCUGGGUAAGUCCUAUUUCUUCCGCUUCAAUCACCCUGAGGAGGCAAACAGAAUGAAGAGCAUGCUUCCACAGAAGAGCCCCGUGUCAGCUUUAGCCUACAACACAGACUACCUGAAGUUUAGCAGUGACUAUAGCCAUGCGGUGGUGGGUGGCACCAGCAGUGCCAGGGGCAUGCGAUCAGCCUCUGAGCUCAGGGACUUGAUGGACACCCUGCAGCGUAAGAAGAUUGCCCUGGAGAACAGCCUGAGAGCCAACGGGAAUGCGAACCCCUCCUACUUCAGCGUGACACAGUCUCCCCCCACCACACCUAUCACGAGUCCUGCCACAUCCUCAUCAUCCUACCAGGAACAGGCAAGACGUCUCUAUGGCUCAGAUCGUGCACCCAUGUCUUUAAAAUCUGCUCCCCCUCUUUCCCCUGGACGACGAUCUGACUCUUCUCUGACCUCCCGCAUUUCAAGCAGUCGCAACCAGGACAACUACGGCAUUAGCGAUGGCCGGCGUUUGCACAACCCGGGCUCUUCUUCUUUACUGUCCACAUGGAAUGGCGGCGGCUCCUCUACUUCUGUUGAUGGUAGCAACAGUUUCCUCCUGUCUCUUCCUCCCUCCUCCUCCUCACCCCGCACUCCAUCAACGGGAGGUGCAGCCAGCAUGCCCUCAAGCCCCCGUCUUGGCCGCCGUAGCUACGGCAACCAAGAGCCAUCGCCCAGCAGCAGAACCAGGAAAUACUCAGCGGGCUCGCUAAGUGGUAUGAUGGGAGGAGGGCACAGCCGCUCACUGCCACGCCUCUGCCCCUCCCAGUCCCCCAGUGACAACAACAACGGAGUUCUGACCUUGUCAACGCUCCCCCCACGGCGUUCCGAUGUUGCUGGCAGUUACAAAUUUAGCAAAGAUCAUUACAACAACAGCCAGAAUGCCAGCCCUGACCUCAACCACAACUCUAGUAACUCUAGCCAGCUCUCAUCCAACAAGAAUCAAAUCCAGACCACAAAAGGAGAAAGUGUUGUGUCUAUCUCACUCUCUUCCCCUAAGAGCUCUGCCUCCACCACCCCCUCUAUCUCUUCCACAAACGCCCCACCUGAUGUGACCAUCCCAUCCAGAGCGGGGGGCUCCUCUUCUCCUCGAGUGGCCAAAAAACUCAGCCUGACCUCCACUAGCUCUGUUGGCUCCAUCAGCUCCACCAGUUCCAGCCCCCCAGAGCUGGAGCGGGUGGCCAACCGUGGAGUCUCCCCAGGAGUGGGCCUGACUUUGGGGGAAAGGGAGAGGCGAGGGGUGGGCUUAGAGCUUUCUGGUGGCCUGGGGCUUGGACUUGGAGAGAGGAGGUCUUCAUUUGGGAAGGCGGGGCUGGAACCUGGGAUGGGGCUGGGUGAGAGGAAGCAGUCAUUUGGAAAGGCAGGAGUGACCCCACCUGGAGGUUUCAGGGAAAGAAGGGGGAGCAUCAGCUCACUGAGUGGGAAGGAGGAACUGACCGACUACCACCAACACCAAAAAGAGGAGAGACUCCGUGAGCAGGAGGUGGAGAGACUGGAGCGACAACGGCUGGAGACCAUCUUGUCUCUGUGUUCGGAGCUGGGCCGGGCUGAAAGAGAUGGCGAUAACAAGGCUACAAGUCCCACGUCAGCUGUGGCGGACCUCCAGAAGAUCAACCAGGAGCUCGAGAAGCUUCAAGUGAACGACGACGAUGACGACACACCAUCUGUCUUUUCUGACUCUUCAGCUGUUAAUGGAACGACGGGGAAUGGACACAUGGCCAGAGAUCAUGGAUCAGAGAAUGGCUACUAUGAUGAUGAUCUACAGGUACGACGGAGGCGCAGCAGCGGUCACCGAGACAACAGGGCAGAGUCACCUGCCGUCAGUCUGCGAAGCUUUGCCCCCUCACCUUCUCCACGCGCUCAGAGGACCAAUGAGGCUCUAGAUGAUGCAGCUCAUCGCCGCGGACAUGAAGUGAGGCCCUCAGAGGAGGAGGUGAGGCGUGUGGAAGAGGAAAGGAUCCAGGUGCUGAACAACAUGGAGGAGCUGGAGCAAAAGAUUAAAGAGCUGGACAACCAAAUGGAGGAAUCUGCCCAAGAGGUGGAGCUUGAGCGAGCUCUGGUGGAGGCCGAGCAGGACUCAGAGGUCACUGCUCUCCAGCAGGAGAAAGAGGCUCUGGAAGCACUUCACAACAAGAUGGCUGACCUAGAGACCAAGUCCCAGCAGGAAAAGGAAAAGGCGAGCGCGUUGCUACAGGCAGAAAGGGGCAGAGUAGAGAGGUUGGCUCAGAUUGUGUGUGAGCAGCGCUCUCAGCUGGACAGCUGCCCUGAGGCCACCAAGGAGCCCCUGCAGGAGCAGUUGGCCAGGGACUGUGAGGUGCUCGAUGCAGAGUCGAAGCGAUUUGAGGACCUGGAGUUCCAGCAACUGGAGAAAGAGAGCAGGCAAGACGAGGAGAAGGAGACCCACACGCAACAGCUUCUCCGGGAAAUCGCAGACUUCCAGCGGAGCACUGUCACUCGCAAGGAGCGACUGUUAACUCUGAAGAAACAGGCAGCGCAGAUUACCCAGCAGGCUCAGCGAGAGAAGGAGAGUUUCCUGAAGGAGAGGAGCACCCUCGAAGCAAUGCUGCAAAGGGAGAAGGAAAAUCUCGCUAUGCUGGAAAGAAAAUAUGCAGACUUCACUGGUGGCCGAAGUUUCACUUUAAGGGAGGGCUAUGUCACAGUCAGUGAAAUCAAUGAGCUUUACUCACAGCUUGGGGGGGACCCUAAUCCCGUCCAUGCCCCCACACUGGCCAAUGCCUCCCCUGAGUCCGAGGCAAACUUGUCCCCUGACGACGACAGCCCCAAACCACCGGAGGAUGAGCUCUGUCAUUCUUCCUCACCUGCCGACUGUCACUCCUCUUCUUCCUCUUCCUCCUCUUCCCAUCUGUGUCCCCGCCCCCUCCCCAAAACACCCUCUGUGCACUGGCCAGAGAACAUGGUGUCAUAUCGAGAUCCCUCUCCCCUUCCUGACUCUCCCCCUCCUCCCCUUCCUGUCAAAAAACACCGACACCAACACAGGCAGCAUUUCCGUUUGCUGGAAGAGAGGAAGAGGUCAGAGAGAGAAGGUGGCUCCCAUCUAAGUGACACAUUGCCCAGGAAGAAAACCACACCCAUCAUGACCCCCCAGUUCACGUGUGCAACGCUGGGACGCAGCUUUCCCACCAAGUCCCAUCAUCCCCUGGUACAGAGCACAAGUUGUGGCAGCAUUCUUCCAAGAAUUUUCUCCUUAUCCAACAAGGAAAAUGAAUCUCGACGUCUGCAUAAAGGUCAGCCCGGCUCCCGAGCAGCCUCCCAGACCAAUGUCUACCUCGAUGCAUUUGGGUACCGUGACAACCAGGCCUUUGACACAAUGAGUGUGGAUAGUACUGACUCCAUUGAAACCAGCAUCUCUGCUUGCUCACCUGAUAAUGUCUCCAGUGCCAGUACUUCAAAUAUGGCCAAGCUAGAGGAGAUGGAGCGAAUGCUGAGAGAAGCCCAGGCAGAGAAGAACCGCCUCCUGGAACACAAGGAGCAAGAGAUGGAGGCUCGGAAGCAGGCGCUGGAGGAGGAGAGGAAAAGACGGGAGGAUCUGGAGAAAAGGCUACAGGAAGAGACGAGCAGACGCCAGAAACUCAUUGACCGUGAGGUGAAACUGCGAGAAAAACAGAGGGCACAGUCCCGGCCGCUCACACGGUACCUGCCGGUGCGGAAGGACGAUUUUGACUUGCGGGCUCACAUUGAGUCGGCGGGCCACAGCGCGGACACAUGCUUCCACUUGUCCAUCUCUGAAAAGACCUGUCGUGGGUACUUGAUCAAAAUGGGAGGCAAAAUCAAAACAUGGAAGAAACGCUGGUUUGUCUUUGACCGCAACCGACGCACGCUGUCCUACUAUUCAGACAAGCAUGAAGCCAAGCUGAAAGGAGUCAUCUACUUCCAAGCAAUUGAAGAAGUGUAUUAUGAUCACUUGAAGAAUGCACAUAAGAGCCCAAACCCUUCCCUCACCUUCAGUGUAAAGACUCAUGACAGAAUCUACUACAUGGUUGCUCCCUCUCCUGAGGCCAUGAGGAUCUGGAUGGAUGUGAUCGUCACAGGCGCUGAGGGAUACACCCAGUUCAUGGUGUAGUGAAGGAGCAGGAUAUGCCAGCAUGUUGCGACUCAUUGUGGCUUUAAAGUUUCUAUUACUUUUUUUAUUCUUGGACUUUUCAAGUGUCUGAAUGGAUAUUAUUGUCAUCUAUGCUGAAGAACGAAAGCAGUUUCUGUUGUGUAGAGACGGCAGCCUCGAGUUACUCAAGAUAAUAUGCAAUAUUUUAUCCACCUCAUUUACAAGAUGGUCAGGGUUUACGAUCAUAUGGGCAGAUACAAGAGGAUCGUUUGAACAUUUUUAGGCUAUGGUGCACCACCACCGUGCCUUGGAGUGACUUCAGGUGUACCUCAAGGUUUUGUUUUAGUGUAAGGGACAUAAUUGUUAAAAAUUAUAUUUUAAAUAAGCUUAUUGUCUUCAGAGAAGAGCAGGCUGUUACUCAGCAGCUCUGUUUUUGCCAUAAGAAGCUCUGUAGAAAAGAUUUUUAAUGUGGAUGUAAUGUUGGAAAAAUUGAUGUGGAGUGAACCAGUUAUUAACAUCAACUAGGAAUAUGUAACCGUAGUUAUGAUUAAAGAAAUGACGCAAAAGCCUCCACAAUCUUAAUAUGACACGGAAGAACAAGGUCAAUUGAAUCAUUUUUAGACAAAUCCCCGUGUACAGAAUAAAUAGUGCAUAUUAAUUUAGUAAAAGUAGUUGAGUAAAUGUAUUUUCAUUUUGAACUUUUAUCAUCUUGAUUUAAUUUCAUGUAUCAUUACUGUGGCAUUCUCAGGUCUUAACUGUGUGCAUGGAUGUGCAUGUGUGCAUCAUAUGAUCAUGUGUGAUUUUAAAACACGUGCUAAGAAGUGCCUGUUUUGUGUGCAUACUCUUUUUAACCACAAGCUUCUGAUGUAGCUCCAAGGUGCUAUUCUUACAUGGUGAGUGACACUAAUGAUCCAGGCCACACCAUCACACAAAAGAUUUCAGUUUGGGUGUGAUUAUGCACUCAACAAGGUUAUAAUAAGUCUCCUGUGCUUGGUUUACAGUCAUGUCACCACAGGCUCAGAAAUGAAGCUCUGUUAAAACAGUGUCAGGCUUGUUAUGUUCCAGAAUUAUGAGUUAGUCAAAUGAGCACGAGGAAUAAGGACUGUUGCCAAGGCAUUAUAUUGUGGUAUUUGUACAUUUUGUUUCUAAGUUGUAGUUAGUUUUAAAAUAGUGAGGACAGUUAAAACUCAUUGUUGACACAAAACUCCCAUUUGUGCCUAUUUUUUAAACCAUAUUUUGUGUGACAGUAUUUUGACAUGCAUAUUAUCUAUAUUUGUAAGAGCGACGUGUAUCUAUAUACAAUGCCAAACUGUCUGUGGGGAGAAAACACACCAAUGUGGAAACAUGGUCCAGAGUGGUUUUGUUAGAAAUAGCCUCUGUAGGAUGAAGUCGUGUUUUGAGAUGUCAGGCAGGAAGAAUCUAUGGUACAGGCACUCACUGAAGACGCCUUGAGUCAUGAAAACUGACUGAUUAUUGUGCUGCUUUGGUCCACUAGCUUUCAUCGCAUUGCUUUUAUUACCACUAAUUCAGUGUUUUAAGUUCAAUGGACAAUUCCACAUUGAUCAUUAAAGCUGCUUUUAUACUCUCUAUCAUACUCCAUCGUACUCCAUCGUGAUUCAGUCUACUAAUCAGUGCAUUUAUCACCUUGUCGCUCAGCAUCACUUUUGUUCAUUGACCAAAGUACAUGUUUCUGUGGUAUAAUGUAUAUGUGCUUUUUUGCUUUGGCUUUUCUUUGUUCAGUACAAUGAGAUCAAAAUGGCGUCUGUUUUUUCAUGACAAGCACAUGGUUGUUUUCCAACUAAAAGAGGCUGUUUCAGUGGAAGCUGUCAUGAGCUUAAAUUUUCCUGUGUUUUUAUAAAUAUUUUUUUAUGUUGAUCCUACUGUAUUUAUGCCUUUACCAAUGCAUGUAUCUUAAUUUUGUAUUUCCAUAUGAAUAAUAAAAAAAUAUAUAUUUUACCUA